UCCUGACAGCACUGUGGGUCUGUCUGCCGGGUGCUCCUCCCCAGAGGCAGCAGGGCUGGGGCACGGGGGGGACCCUGGGGCUGGGACCUGCUGGCUCUGGGUGACGAGGACGAGGAGAGGUGGCUUGGCAGUGGUGGAGGUGGCUCUGAUCCAUCGGGGGAUAACCCAGCACAAAGCGUGACACAGGCUCCAUGGACGGGCCGCCGCCCGCCAGCCCCGCCGGGCUCUCGGCGUUCGUGGCCGUGUCGCAGCUGCUCGGCCUGACCCUCCUGGCCACCACGGGCGCCUGGCUGGGCCGGUACCGGGGCGGCGUGGCCUGGCACAGCCCCCUGCAGUUCAACGCCCACCCGCUGUGCAUGGUGCUGGGCAUGGUGUUCCUGCAAGGUGACGCUCUCCUGGUGUACCGGGUGUUCAGGCACGAAGCCAAGCGCUCCACCAAGGCCCUGCACGCGCUGCUGCACGGCCUGGCCCUGCUCAUCGCCCUCGUGGGCAUCAUCGCCGUCUUCGAGUCCCACCGGGCCAAGGGCACCCCCGACAUGUACAGCCUGCACUCCUGGUGUGGGAUGGCCGCCUUCGUGCUCUACCUCCUGCAGUGGCUCUUGGGCUGCGGUUUCUUCCUGUUCCCCGGCACCUCCUUCUCGCUGCGAGGCCGGUACAAACCCCAACACAUCUUCUUUGGCAUCGCCCUCUUCAUCCUCUCCAUUGCCUCCUGCUUGCUGGGCAUCACUGAGAUGCUCCUCUUCAAAAUCAGCGAUUCCUACAGCCACUUUGUGCCUGAGGGCGUCCUGGCCAACACCCUGGGGGUGAUGUUGGUGGCCUUCGGGCUGGUGGUGGGCUACGUGGUGACACGGGAGGAGUGGAAGCGCCCGCCGCUGGCCGAGGAGCUGGCCCUCUCCAUGGACUUCAAGACCCUGACGGAGGGAGAGAGCCCAGGUGGUGGCAGCCAGUGACACCCCCAACUCCCUGAUCCCUGGCACGGGCUCCUCAUGGUGUCAGGGUGACGAGGACAGCUGGGGAAGGCCACGCUUUUGGUGCAACGCUGCCCACUGGACUCAGCCUUGCUUGGCCUUAAUCCUCUUCAGCUCUGCCCCGCGCAGCCCCCGGUGCCCCCCGAGCCUGCCCCAGCCCCGUGGGGACGGCAGUGCCCCAGGCAGGGGCUGGAAGUGGUGCUGAGGUGUGAAGGAGGGGGUCUCCAGGCUCUGCCCUGCUCCAGGGACAGGGGGCAGGAGCGCAGAUUUCCCCACUGUGAGUGGCCCAACCCCACAACCCGUUCCCAGUGCCCAUGGGCAGAGGGGAUGUUUGGGAUUUCCCACUCCCUUUCCUAUGCCCUCCAGCACAGCCACAGCCACACAUGGGGGCUGCUCCCCACAAACAGCUCCCAGGGGGGUUGGAGUGACCUGGUGUCUGUGCAGGUUCAGCAGCUUCGUGUCCGAAAUGUUCUCCCCUCGCGUGAGACGUGUUGUCUGCUCAGUGGAUGCUCCCAGUGUAAUAAAUGUUUGCAGCUAA